AUGGACCAAAAGAAUGGAGGAGAGGUACAGACCUCUGCCGCAGCCCAACGCGGUGCCGCCUGCUACGAGUCCUGGAUCAUGUAUAUCUACGACUUCUUUGUUCUGGGCUUCCUCAACAGGUUUGCUUGGCGUUGCCCAACCGAUAAACACCUUUUACCGCUGUUCAAAAACAACAUCCGCUCCACUCACCUCGAUAUCGGCGUCGGCACUGGUUACUAUCUGAAGAAAUCCAAGGUUGCCCCAUCGGUGAAACUCACUCUUUGUGACCUGAGUCCAAACGCUAUCCGUGUCGCCAAACUUCGGUCCGGGCGUCCUGACGCCGGAGAGGUACUUUGGGAUGUGACCCAGCCUUUUCCCGUAGCAGAGGGGAAAUACGACAAGUUCGAAUCUGUCUCAAUGUUCUAUGUUCUUCAUUGCGUUCCUGGACCUGUGAAGAACAAGACCGUUGUUUUCGAAAAUAUCAAGAACUGUAUGACCGCGGACGGUGUUUUGACGGGAGCCACUGUCUUAGGAAAGGGAAUCAAGGACAAUUUCAUCGGGAAACGUGUCCGGGCUCAUUGUGUGGCGGAUGGAGUAUUCGACAAUGUCGAUGAUGAUGCGGAGACCUUUAUCGACGCCCUGCGCGAGAAUUUCAACCAUGUCGAGGUGGAGGUCAUCGGAGUUUCUCUUGUCUUCAAAGCUAUUGGUCCUAAAUUCUGA